CAAUAUUGACAUUCGAUGACAUUUGCUUAAAUAUUUGUCAUCAAAGUUUUAAAUUUGAAAUAAUUGAAAGUAUUUUCUUCAUAUUUGGGAUAUUUUUAAUGUUUCGGUGGAAUUAUUGUUUUCCCUUGAAGAAAAAAUGUUGUGCCCGACCCCUCCCUUUAACGGUGACGUCAGCCAUUUCUAUUGCGUUGACCUAAAACAGUUUACACGGUAUUUCCUAAUCAUAUCUGAUUUCAAUAAUAAUCAGCUACUAUGUCUACUCACCAUUACCAAGUUCAUGAGACAGAACAAUCAAGAUUUCAGUCUACAAGUAGCGCAGAGGAAAAUGAAUCUGGUUCUGAUGAAGAGCCAUCCCAGAUCAUGUAUGCUCAGUAUGAGCCCUCAUAUGAACAACAGUAUGAAUAUGUUGAAAGAACAGUUAAACGAAGAGGUCAUUUGCCUAAAGAUUCAGUGAAAAUAUUAAAAAAUUGGCUAUAUGAACAUCGUUUCAAUGCAUACCCUACCGAGAUUGAAAAGCAUGUGUUGUCUCAAGAAACUGGAUUAACGGUUUUACAAAUAAGCAACUGGUUUAUCAACGCCCGAAGAAGAUAUCUUCCCGAAAUGAUGAGGCGGGAGGGAUAUGACUCCAUGCACUAUACAAUUACAAGAAGACGGAGAGCCAACUCACGUAGAGACCAUGCUGAUAUUGUCUAUGAAAAAGGCAGCAAGUUGAUGAGAAUUGAAAGAAUAGAGGGUGGUAGUGAGGAAAGUCAAUCAGACUAUGAUGAAAAUGGCAGUGAAUAUAUUAUUGGUGAAAAUGGAGAAAUAAUAACUACCUCCAAGAGAAAGUUUAACCCAUGGAAUGCAGAUAUUCAUUACGGGCUCACUGUCAACCCUGCAGAUAGAGGUGUCGAAAAUUUAGAGGUGGCUCAAGCUGAAGAAGUUGAAACUGAUCAGGAAGCCAUCGAUUUUACUUCUAACUUGGUCAUGGUGAAAACAGCAUCAGGGAAAAAUGUCAUUCUAAAGGUUGUGCCGCAGCCCGGUGGAGAGGUAUCUAAAGCCUACAUCUUAAAGCCAGCAAAAAUAGUCAAAACCCCCGUAGUACAAACUCAGGUGAUUCAACCGCAACCAGACGAGGUAGAAGUUGACAUUGAAGAGAGUGAAAUUGCUUGCGAAAAUAUAAAAACCGAAAUUAUGGUUGAAAGGGAGGAGGAACCUGAAAUUAUCGAUGUUGGAUCUCUCAAACAAGAAUUGAUCACUGAAGAAGAAGACGACAUCCAAAAUGAGGAUAUCCUUGAGGAGCAGUUUGUGCAAGUGCCCCAAGAGGAGGUGAUUUUGGAAGAAGGUACAUUUCUUUCAGAAGAAAUUUUUGGUCACACUAUUGAACAUCAUGAGGAAGAGGUUUUUGUAAAUGAAAUAACAUUAGAGGAUAAUGUUAAUGAAGUUACCAUUGAAGAGCCCAUAAAUGAAGUGACAGUUGAUGAAUAGUUAUUACCUCAUUCCUUUCAUAGGAAAUAGCUUAAUUUAUUUUGUGGUUUCAUUAUAUUACACAAACAAUGGUGGUAUCUCAGUAAAUUUAUCAACUUUUCAUAUUAUUAUUAUUAUUAUCAAUAAUGUUGUGUAAGCAACUUUCCGAUCAUUAGUAAAAUAGAUUAUUUUUAUAUAUUUAUUUUUAUUGCUUUUUCGAUGAGGACAUAUGAUGCAUAAUAAUAAUUUACAAUAUAGAUUAGUAUAGAU